AUGCGCAGUCUUGUGAAAGGGCUGAUCUCUGGGAAGACCUCUGCAGACAGCGAUAUCAUGAUGGUCUCAAAAGAAAGCAGCGCAGUCCUUCAAUACAGAACAGUCAAGAAACUGGAAGAUCCUGAAAAAUUUGUCCUCCCAGUUCAGAUUGGAAAAGCAGUUUUUGCCUGUUCCUUAUGUGAUUUAGGUUCCAAUGUGAAUCUCAUGCCCUAUUCAGUUGCAAAACGUAUGGGACUAACCAACUUCAAGCCUACUAGGAUUUUGUUGGUGUUCGCGGACAGAUCAGUCAAGCUGCCAGUAGGUGUUCUCGAAGACCUGCAAGUGCAAAUUGGCAACACCACUGUUCCGGUGGACUUCGUGGUCCUGGAACUCGAAUAUGAACUGAAAGACCCUCUCAUUCUGGGCCGCCCCUUCUUGUGCACAGCUGGUGCAAUCAUCGAUGUGCGCAAUGGGAGAAUCGAUCUCCAACCAGGGGAUAUUGUGAUGAAGUUUGAGAUGGACGAGCUGCUCAAACGGCCUAUGCUAGAUGGUCAGAACUUCACAAUUGACAACGAGAACGCGCCUUGA